ACCGCCAUCUUUGUUGUUCUGGUAAGGUUCACUGCGACCCCGCCCCGUUGUCAUUGUAUAUACCUCUACUAGUCUAUGUGUGCUUUGUAAAAGAAACUGAUAGAAUUUCUUCGCAAUUUUUGCAGUUUGUCAGUGGUGUUUUUAGUUAAAAAUGCAUCAAUUAGAAAUAGUUUUUCAUUAGAUAUACCUUCUACAGCACAAGUUAGAUCAUAAAAACUAGAUUCUCGCUAAUUUGAUAAAUAACAGCUGACAAUUUGAAGGAAAUGAACAAUAUUUAUCUCCAUUUUUAGCUUAAGAAAGGUCAAGGAAGGACAUGUAGUGUCUGCAAUAAAGAUAAUUAAUAGAAGACUUUAAUGAAAAGAAAAUUUCCUAAAAAAUCUUACUUUUGAAAAGAAAUAAUGUCGUUUAAUAUAAUUUCAAAAACGCAAGUUUAAUUCCCGCGAAAUUUUGAAAUGGGCGUUUCUGAUUGGUCCAUUUAAUACUUGACGCUGAUUGGUCGGCCUAUCCCCCUGGAUACUAUAUAAACCCCCGUCGUCAAGUUCCGGCAAAACGAGACCAAUGCCACUGCAAGCUAGCUGUGAAAAAAUGUCUUCCUCUAGAAAUCGCAGAUAUUUAAACUACUCAUCUACCAGGCGCUCUAGGUCAAGAUCUAGGCGUUCGAGGGAUAACUACCACUAUUCUAGACAUAGAAGCCCAAGUCCCAGAUGGUAUACCAGGCGCUCUAGGUCCAGAUCUAGGUGUUCCAGGGACAACUGCCACUAUUCUAGACAUAGGAGCCCUAGUCCAAGGUGGUCAAGAUCUAGAAAUAUUUCUAGAUCUAGACCAAGUGACUGGGAGACUUACACUCCUAUGCCUAGUAGUAGUGGGAGUGAGUCCCCGGACACCCAGAGAGUCAGAGCUUCGACUCCAGUGAAAGAGCCAGUAUCACUACUUCCAGAUAUUGAAGAGCCACUCAUUCGUCAGCUCAGUGAGCCAGUGUUUCCUGAGUUAUAUGGUACCUUGGAGCAGAAAGCGAGGUAGGGAGGACCAAGCAGAGGUUUCCCCACCGGCUAAAAUGCAGAAGUAUGUUCCUGCACAGGCCGGUCCAAACAUACACAUCAACAGAAAUCAUCCAAACUUCCGAAGGUACUUCUAUUAGAUUUUGUGCAGAACUUAGAAAUGCUGUAGGUGUAUAGUGUAGUCGUUAGUUUUAGUGUAUUUCUCAUUCUUUACUCUGUUUGGAACUGAUGAAUAAUAAUGCCUACUAGUAUGUUUGUUUGAGACCAGCUGAAUGCAACUUUCUCAACAUUAUUCAGUUGAUGUAGUUUGCUUGAUUGUGUACUGGUACACUUCUCUGCAGCUAGUUGCGCUUUCAUCUGUUUGU